AUGGAUGCAACACAAAAAGAGAAAAUCUAUGUUGCUAUUGGUGAUGAUGCACAAGAUGGAUUUAAUACUUUAAAUUGGGCUCUUAAGAAAUGGAAUUCUCAUCCAAUUUCCAUUGUUAUUCUUCAUGUGACUCAUAGCAUUUCUAAGGAUUAUGUUUAUACACCAUUUGGAAAACUUCCAGCAAGAUCUUUGAAUGAUGAGAAACUUGAAGCUCUAAGAAAAGAUGAGAAAGAGAGAAUCAAGAAGCUAUUCUCCAAAUAUAUUGCUUUUUGUGGCAAGGUGUCAGCAAAAAUUCUUGAAAUCGAUAAAUUUGAUGAACCGAUACAGAAGCACAUCAUCGAUAUCAUAAAUGAAUUAGAAAUAACCAAAUUGGUUAUGGGAUUUUCAGCCAUGAAGCCUUCUAUGAAAUCAAAAGGUGCUAUUAGUGGAUUAUUCUAUGUUCAUCAACACAAACCUAGUUUAUGUGAAUUAUUCAUUAUAUGUGGUGGGAAGCAAGUUUCUCUAAGGGGAAACAAUGAUGAGAAAAUCAUGGAAGAUGAUAGUGGAGUAAUGGUAGCAAAAAUGAAAGAUAAGGUGACUUUUAAGGAUUGGUUAGACAAAAUGUUUAGUGACAAAAUAAGUGAUUAUUCUCAGAAUAGAUUAAGUGCUUCUCCUUCAUCAACCAGUUUGGUUCAAAAUCAAUGGGAGUUUUAUCUUCAAGACAUAGAAAAUUAUUAUCAAGAAUUGUUGUUAUCUUCAAAUUUGGAGGAAGGAAUUUAUGUGCAGGAGAAUGAUGACUUGCACGUUGGUACAAAAAUUGGGCCACUUGUCACUGAGUUGAACAAUUCUAAUAAGAAUACUACAGAAAAAAUUGAGAUCUUAUGCAAAACCAUCGAGUUGAAGAAAAAAGAAUCUAAGGAAAAUCUAGAAAGGCGCACAAAAGCUGAAUGGGCAAUUAGCUUAUGCAACAGCAGAGCUGAAGAACUUGAAGGUAGAAUAAGGGAAGAAGUGAGUACAAAGGAGAAGCUCAACAAGGAACUGCAUUUAGAGAAAGAGCAAAGAGAAGAAAUGAGAACAGAUAUUAAAGAGAGAAAGCAAAGGAUGAAUUCAUUAGUAGAGCUUCAAUCAGAACUAUCAAACAAGCUUCAACUUUCAACAAUAUCGAGAUCAAGAGCAGAGGCGCAGGUAGAGAGAGCAGUGAGGGAGCGAAAUAACAUGGUGAGGGAGAUAGAGGAGUUGAGGAAGCAGAGAGAUGUAUUGAAUCGAAGGAUCGAGUUUUGUAAGCAGAAAGAUGCUAUAGGUAUGGCAGCGAGGUUGAGCGACAAUGGUGGCACGAGUUGUGGGAUGAGGGAGUAUAGUGAGGAGGAGUUGAGGUUGGCGACCGAUAACUUUUCACAGCGGUUGAGAUUGAAGCGCGGUGAAGAUUGGAGUAAUGUGUAUAGAGGACGGUUUAACCACUCUACCGUUGCGAUUAAGAUGAUGUCUUCUUUUGCUUCUUUGUCUCAAGAGGAUUUUCAAUCUAAGGUAAGGUUUCUUGGUGAUAUUAGGCACCCACAUCUAGUUGCUGUGGUUGGCUUCUGCUCCGAGCCAAAAUGCGUAGUUUUUGAAUACAUGGGCAAUGGGAGCUUACAAGACAUGUUGUUUACCAGAAGAAGAAAUAGAGGCUUACGUUGGCACGAUCGAAUACGUAUUGUGACAGAAGUAUGCUCUGGACUGGGCUUUCUGAAUUCAUCUCAACAAAGGUCUGUCAUUCAUUGUCAUUUGAGCCCAGCACAUGUUCUCCUAGACCGCAAUUUAGUUGCAAAAAUCACAGGCUUUGGGCUUCAAGAGUGUAACAAUGACAACGAAUGCAAUGUCGAGUCAGAUUUACGUGUCGUUGGGGUUUUAUUGAUGCAGCUAUUGACUGGAAGAAUUUGGGAUGGGCCCAUUGAGGAGCUCAUGACAAUGGACAUGGAUAGAGAAACAUUGGUUAACAUUCUUGAUGACAUGGCAGGACAAUGGCCAUUGGAUCUAGCAAAAGAACUUGUGAACCUGGCUAUGAUUUGCAUGACCAUGAAUAGCAAACCCAACCAAAAUCUAACUAUUGCAAAGGUGAUAGAAGAACUCAAUAAGAUAAGAAGAAAGGGUGAUGAAAUAGUUGCAAAAGAAGAUAGAAAGAUAACCAUUACUGGAUGCAUAGAUAGAGAAGGAUCUAGUGAUGUGCCCAGUGUUUUCCUUUGCCCUAUACAACAGGAGGUAAUGAAAAAUCCACAUGUGGCAGCAGAUGGAUUUUCUUAUGAGCUAGAAGCAAUAGAACAGUGGUUGCAUUCAGGACAUGAUACAUCACCAAUGACAAACUUAAGGCUCAAACACACAUCCCUUACACCAAAUUACACCCUCCGUUCCUUUCUUGAAGAAUGGCAGAGCAACAAAUCAGCUAAAAUUUCAAAUUAA